AUGGACAUUUACGACACUCAAACCUUGGGGGUUGUGGUCUUUGGUGGAUUUAUGGUUGUUUCCGCCAUUGGCAUCUUCCUUGUGUCAACCUUCUCCAUGAAGGAGACGUCGUAUGAAGAAGCUCUAGCCAACCAGCGCAAGGAGAUGGCAAAAACAUAUCACCAGAAAGUAGAGAAGAAAAAGAAGGAGAAAACAAUAGAGAAGAAAGGGAAGACUAAGAAAAAGGAAGAGAAACCAAACGGGAAGAUACCUGACCAUGAGCCAGCCCCAAACAUGACUAUCCUCCUCAAAGACCCAGUACGGGCACCUGCAAUGGCUGUGGCUCCAACCCCGGUCCAUCCCUCUAUGGUCAUUACCCCAAUAGCCACGGUACCAGCCAUGCCCCAAGAGAAGCUGGCCUCCUCCCCUAAGGACAAAAAGAAGAAAGAGAAAAAAGUAGCAAAAGUGGAACCAGCAGUCAGUUCUGUAGUGAAUUCUGUUCAGGUUCUUGCCUCAAAGGCUGCCAUCUUGGAAACUGCUCCUAAGGAGGUGCCUAUGGUGGUUGUGCCUCCAGUGGGUUCCAAGGCCACUGGUGCUGUGCAGGGCAAAAAGGGAGAGGGGACCCAGAACCAGGGCAAAAAAGCAGAGGGAACUCCCAACCAGGGCAAAAAGGCAGAGGGGGCCCAGAACCAGGGCAAAAAGGCAGACGGGGCCCAGAACCAGGGUAAAAAAGUAGAGGGGGCCCAAAACCAGGGCAAAAAGGCAGAAGGGGCCCAGGACCAGGGCAAAAAAGUAGAGGCCCAGAACCAGGGUAAAAAGGCAGAGGGGGCCCAGAACCAGGGUAAAAAGGCAGAGGGGGCCCAGAACCAGGGUAAAAAGGCAGAGGGAGCCCCCAACCAGGGCAAAAAACAGGAGGGGUCCCCAGACCAGGGUAAAAAAGUAGAAGUUGUUCAGAAUCAGAGCAAAAAGGUUGAAGGAACUCCCAACCUGGGCAAAAAGGCAGAGGGGGCCCAGAACCAGGGCAAAAAGGCAGAGGGGCCCCAGAACCAAGGCAAAAAGGCAGAGGGGGGGCAGAGCCAGGGUAAAAAGGCAGAAGGCACCUCCAACCAAGGUAAAAAGGCAGAGGGGGCUCCCAACCAGGGCAAAAAGGGAGAAGGGGCCCAAAAUCAGGGCAAAAAGGCCGAAGGAACUCCCAACCAGGGCAAAAAGGGAGAGGGGGCUCCCAACCAGGGCAAAAAAGCAGAGGGGGCCCAGAAUCAGGGCCAAAAGGUGGAGGGGGGCCAGAAUCAGGGCAAAAAGGCAGAUGGGGCCCAGAAUCAGGGCAAAAAGGCAGAUGGGGCUCAGAACCAGGGCAAAAAGGCAGAGGGGAGCCAGAAUCAGGGCAAAAAGGCAGAGGGGGCCCAGAAUCAGGGUAAAAAGGCAGAUUCAGUUGCUAAUCAGGGCACAAAGGUGGAGAGUACUGCAAACCAAGGGAAAAAAGCAGAUGGGCCCUCUAACCAAGGCAAGAAAACAGAGGGAACCCCAAACCAGGGCAAAAAGUCAGAAGGGUCCCCCAACCAGGGCAAAAAAGUGGAUGCAUCUGCCAAUCAGGGCAAAAAGGCAGAGUCAGCUCCUAACCAGGGCAAAAAGGCAGAUACGGUUCAGAGCCAGGAGGCACCAAAGCAAGAGGCUCCUGCAAAGAAGAAGUCUGGUUCAAAGAAGAAAGGUGAGCCUGGAUCCCUGGACACCGACAGUCCUCUCUGCCUCCCGUACAAGACGCUGGUCUCCACGGUUGGAAGCAUGGUGUUCAACGAGGGUGAGGCCCAGCGGCUAAUUGAGAUCCUGUCUGAGAAGGCUGGUGUCUUUCAGGACACCUGGCAUAAGGCCACUCAGAAGGGCGACCCUGUGGCGAUUCUGAAACGCCAGCUGGAAGAGAAGGAAAGGCUGCUGGCCACAGAGCAGGAAGACGCGGCUGUUGCCAAGAGCAAACUGAGGGAACUCAAUAAGGAGUUGGCAGCAGAAAAGGCAAAGGCAGCAGCAGGAGAGGCCAAGGUGAAAAAGCAGCUGGUGGCCAAAGAUCAGGAGAUGACAGCCGUGCAGGCCCGAAUGCAGGCCAGCUACCGGGAUCACAUGAAGGAGGUGCAAGAGCUACAGGGCAAGGUCCGGACACUGCAGGAACAGCUGGAGAAUGGCCCCAACACACAGCUGGCCCGCCUGCAGCAGGAGAAUUCCAUUCUGAGGGACGCCUUGAACCAAGCCACGAGCCAGGUGGAAAGCAAGCAGAACGCGGAGCUGGCCAAACUCCGGCAGGAGCUUGGCAAGGUGAGCAAGGAGCUGGUGGAGAAGUCGGAGGUGGCUCGGCAGGAGGAGCAGCAGCGGAAGGCUCUGGAGGCCAAAGCAACUGCCUUUGAGAAGCAGGUCCUGCAGCUACAGGCGUCUCACAAGGAGAAUGAGGAGGCCCUGCAGAAGCGCCUGGACGAGGUCAGCCGGGAGCUCUGCCGCUCACAGACCAGCCACGCCAGUCUCCGGGCAGACGCUGAGAAGGCCCAGCAGCAGCAGCAGCAGCUGGCCGAGCUGCACAGCAAAUUACAGUCCUCCGAGGCAGAGGUGAAGAGCAAGUGCGAGGAGCUGAGUGGUCUACAUGGGCAGCUCAAGGAGUCCAGGGCAGAAAACUCACAGCUCACAGAGAGAAUCCGAUCCAUCGAAGCCCUGCUGGAGGCAGGCCAGGCCCGGGAUGCCCAGGCCAGCCAAGUGGAGGCCGACCAGCAGCAGGCACGCCUCAAGGAAUUGGAGUCCCAGGUAUCAUGCCUGGAAAAGGAGGCCACGGAGCUCAAAGAGGCGGUUGAGCAGCAGAAAGUGAAGAACAAUGACCUCCGAGAGAAGAACUGGAAGGCGAUGGAGGCCCUGGCCUCAUCGGAGAGAGCCUUUGAAGAGAAGCUGCGCUCCUUGACCCAGGCCAAGGAGGAAUCUGAAAAGCAGCUCACGCUGACUGAGGCCCAGACCAAGGAGGCGCUGCUGGCUCUGCUCCCAGCACUUUCCAACUCAGCCCACCAGAAUUACACUGAGUGGCUCCAAGAACUCAAAGAGAAAGGCCCGGAGCUGCUGAAGCAGCUGCCAGUGAACACAGAGCCGCCCUCGGACCUGGCCGCCAAGCUGAGGGAGGCCGAGGAAACCCAGAGCAGCCUGCAGGCCGAGUGUGACCAGUACCGCACCAUCCUGGCAGAGACAGAGGGUAUGCUCAGACACCUGCAGAAGAGUGUGGAGGAGGAGGAGCAGGUGUGGAAGGCCAGAGUCAGCACCACGGAGGAGGAGCUUCAAAAGUCACAGGUCACGGUGAAACAUCUUGAAGAGAUUGUAGAGAAGCUAAAAGGAGAACUUGAAAGUUCAGAUCAGGUGAGGGAGCACACCUCGCAUCUGGAGGCUGAGCUGGAGAAGCACAUGGCAGCCGCUAGCGCUGAGUGCCAGAACUAUGCACAGGAGGUGGCUGGGUUGAGGCAACUUUUAUUAGAAUCUCAAUCUCAACUGGAUGCAGCCAAGAGUGAAGCCCAGAAACAGAGCAAUGAGCUUGCCCUGGUCAGGCAGCAGUUGAGUGAGAUGAAGAGCCACGUAGAGGAUGGUGACGUAGCUGGGUCUCCAGAGGCCCCCCCAGCAGAGCAGGACCCUGUCGAGCUGAAGACGCAGUUGGAGCGGACAGAAGCCAUCCUGGAGGAUGAGCAGACGCAGCGGCAGAAGCUCACAGCUGAGUUUGAGGAGGCUCAGAAUGCAGCGUGCCGGCUACAGGAGGAAUUGGAGAAGCUCCGUGCCAGCACCUUGGACUCAGCAGAUGCAGAGGCAGCCACACAGUUGAAGGAGAGACUAGAAAAAGAGAAGAAGUUAACGAGUGACCUGGGACGUGCAGCCACCAAAUUACAGGGGCUUUUGAAGACAACCCAGGAGCAGCUGGCAAAGGAGAAAGAGACAGUGAAGAAAUUGCAGGAGCAGCUGGACAAAUCAGAUGAUGGUAGCAGCUCAAAGGAAGGCACCUCUGUCUGA